UCGUCCCAAUCGGAGCCAAAACCGCCAAAACUUCCGCCGAGAGAUUUCGAGAAGAAUAGAGACAAAGCCAGAGACAAGAGCCGCGACGCCAACAAAAAGCAUAGCAAAAACAGUACCACUAAUACUAAUCCCAAAGUACACACUUUGGGACCCAAACCCGACUACCAGGAAGAAAAUAUAUACUCUUUGGGUCAACAAUCGAGACAAUUGGACGACCCGUAUUAUUGUGGAUUCAGCGCUCGAGUGCCCAACUUUGCCAAACGUCAGCCAAUGUCGCCGAAAGCACAACAGCCGAGUGCUGGUCAGUACGGCUACGGCUAUCACAUGCGAAAAGUGCCGUCGAGUGGGUUCUUGAACUCAUACCUCAAGACUAUACCAAAUCACUCGCGCUCUGCCUCUUACGGGUCUUUCUACGGGUCAUUAGACAGCGAUAGAGCGUUAGCCGUGCGGUUCAGCGCCACUACUAAUUCGUAA